CACGCUGAAGGUGCACGUCAGCGACGCCAGCACCCACCAGCCAGUGGCGGAUGCGCUCAUCGAGAUCUUCACCAACCAGGUCGCCAUCGCCUCCGGCACCUCGGGGACAGAUGGCGUCGCCUUCAUCAAGUUCCAGUAUAAGUUGGGCAGUCAGCUGAUCGUCACCGCCACGAAGCAUGCCUACGUGCCCAACUCGGCGCCGUGGAAGCCCAUCCGACUACCCGUAUUUUCUUCACUGAGCCUUGGCCUGCUUCCAGAACGUUCAGCUACUCUAAUGGUAUAUGAGGAUAUUGUCCAAAUCGUAUCAGGAUUCCAAGGUGCCCGGCCACAGCCCCGCAUUCAUUUCCAGAGAAGGGCCCUGCGCUUGCCAGAGAACACCAGCUACAGUGACCUGACCGCGUUUCUCACGGCCGCCAGCUCCCCCUUGGAGGUGGACAGUUUUCCAUACUUGCGAGGAUUAGACGGAAAUGGAACAGGAAACAGCAGCAGGCAUGACCUGACCCCAGUCACAGCAGUCAGCGUCCACUUGCUCAGCAGUAAUGGAACGCCAGUGCUGGUGGACGGUCCCAUCUAUGUCACCGUGCCCCUGGCCACCCAGAGCAGCCUGAGGCACAAUGCCUAUGUCGCAGCGUGGAGGUUUGACCAGAAGUUGGGAACGUGGCUGAAGAGCGGUCUGGGCCUCGUGCACCAAGAAGGCAGCCAGCUGACCUGGACGUACAUUGCCCCCCAGCUGGGGUACUGGGUGGCAGCGAUGUCCCCUCCCAUCCCAGGUCCCGCUGCCACGCAGGACAUCACCACGUACCACACAGUGUUCCUUUUGGCCAUUUUAGGAGGGAUGGCUUUCAUACUUUUGGUUCUGCUGUGUCUCCUUUUAUAUUAUUGCAGGAGGAAGUGUCUGAAGCCCCGUCAACACCACAGGAAACUGCAGCUCCCUGCAGCCCUGGAGAGUUCCAAAAGAGACCAGUCGACUUCCAUGUCACAUAUCAACUUGUUGUUCUCUCGACGGGCGUCAGAAUUCCCUGGGCCACUGUCUGUCACCGGCCAUGGCCGCCCAGAGGCCCCGGGCACAAAGGAGCUGAUGAGUGGUGUUCAUUUAGAAAUGAUGUCCCCCAGCGGAGAAGGGGACCUGCACACCCCCAUGCUGAAGCUCUCCUACAGCACCUCCCAGGAAUUCAGCUCUCGGGAGGAGCUGCUGUCUCACAAGGAGGAGGAUAAAAGCCAAAUCUCCUUUGAUAACUUGACGCCGAGUGGGACGCUGGGAAAAGACUACUGUAAGUCUGUUGAGAUUUUUCCCUUAAAGGCAAGAAAGUCCAUGGAAAGAGAAGGCUACGAGUCCCCUGGUAACAAUGACUACAGGGGGAGUUACAACGCCACUGUGCUCUCUCAGCCUUUAUUUGAAAAGCAGGACAGAGAAGCCCCCACGUCCGCAGGGAGUAAACUCACCAUUCAGGAACACCUGUACCCCACGCCUUUAUCUCCUGAGAAAGAGCAGCUGCUGGACCGCAGACCCGCUGAAUGUAUGAUGUCCCGAUCAGUAGAUCACCUGGAGAGACCCACGUCCUUCCCUCGGCCGGGCCAGCUCAUCUGCUGCAGUUCUGUGGACCAGGUCAAUGACAGCGUCUACAGAAAAGUGUUACCUGCCUUGGUCAUCCCCGCGCAUUAUAUGAAACUCCCAGGGGACCAUUCCUACGUGAGCCAGCCUCUGGUGGUCCCUGCCGACCAGCAGCUUGACAUAGAGAGACUCCAGGCUGAGCUCAGCAACCCCCACGCGGGGAUCUUCCCGCACCCGUCCGCACAGAUGCAGCCCCAGCCCCUGUCCUCCCAGGCCAUCUCUCAGCAGCACCUGCAGGACGCCGGCUCCAGGGAAUGGAGCCCUCAGAACGCUGCCAUGUCAGAGUCCCUCUCCAUCCCAGCAUCCCUGAAUGACGCAGCGUUGGCUCAGAUGAACAGCGAGGUGCAGCUGCUGACGGAGAAGGCGCUGAUGGAACUUGGGGGCGGGAAGCCACUUCCACAUCCCCGGGCCUGGUUCGUCUCCCUGGACGGAAGGUCCAACGCUCACGUUAGACACUCUUACAUUGAUCUCCAAAGAGCCGGAAGGAACGGAAGCAAUGACGCCAGUUUGGACUCUGGUGUGGAUAUGAAUGAACCCAAAUCUGCCCGGAAGGGGAGGGGAGACCCUUUGUCUCUGCAGCAAAGCCACCCCCCACCUGCCCAGGAGCACCAGCAGAAAGAAGCCAGGGCCCCGGACAGCACCGCCUACACGCAGCUGGUGUAUCUGGAUGACAUGGACCAGAGCAACAGCGAGUGUGGGACCACCGUCUGCACGCCCGAGGACAGUGCCCUGCGAUGCUUGCUGGAAGGGGCCAGCCGGAGAAGUGGCGGCCAGCUGCCCAGCCUGCAGGAAGAGACAAGCAAACGGACUGUGGACGGCCCCCCGGAGCCCUCCACCAGUCCCCACCAGGGAAGAUCUGCUCAUGAGGAAGACGAAGAUGACGAUGAUGAUGAUGACCAAGGAGAAGACAAGAAAAGUCCCUGGCAGAAACGGGAGGAGAGACCACUGAUGGCAUUUAACAUUAAAUGAGCUGUCUCGGAGCCACGCCCCUGUGGAAUAUAAGAUUGCCAAAUAUCCCUUCUUAAGGAAGCGCGUUACCUGACGAUGGAAGGAGUUAAACAGCGGCCACCGAGGGACGUGGACAUUCACUGCAUCACCGUUUGCUGCGUAAAUGUUGGGGCAGAAUCAAGGUUGUCUCUCGGAAUAGAGGAUGGCUCUGGUGGACACCGCCCCUCCAGGGAGGCAGCCCAGAGCAGCAUCCGAUGGGCCACAGAGCUGACCAGUCCACCGGC